AUGGCCUUGGGCGAAGAGUACGAGGAGGUGGAUGAUGAGGCAGAGCUACGAGCAGACAGGGAUCAGCAGAUUCUGCAAGAGGCUUGUCUGCCGGUCUCUGGCGCCCCAAUGCCACCCAGCGAGGGUCCACCCAAGGACGCCGACGAAUACCUGCGUCAAGUGCAGUGGGAGCGACUGCAUUGUCCAGAGAUUGUCGACGUGGAUGUGAAGGAGCGGCAGUCGAAGCGAAGAGUUGGCGGACCCCUCACUGGCAAGGAUGGCGCAGGGGGCCUCCUCUCUUUGUUCCAGGCACCGGAGGUUCCAGCGCGCUUCCGCCACGCGGAGGCAUGGGCCUCGGAUGCUGCUGCUUCGUUUCGGCACCUCCGGGGCCAAUGCGAGCGCCAGAAGGCAGGGAACGGAGCGCAAUCGCUCUCCUACGAGGAGUGGCGGCGGCAUGUCGCAAAGGAUCGACCUGACUCCCAGCUCAUCGCGGCACAGGACUUCGUAGGAAUCAACCACCUUGUGGUGGUGGCCAUCGAUAAGUUCGAGGCUGACUUCGAGGCCUUCCAGCAAGCCGCGCCAGACGCCGAAGGUGGGUUCCUGUCUGGCUUUCAAAGUGAAGGUAUCGACUCUGUCAGCGAGUGGAUAUUUGCGGCACUGGCGUUCGUGGAGGAACCUUUGGUAGACGACAUUCAAUACCAGCUGCAGCGACUGCGCCGCCUUUGCUGCCGCUUUGCCGAGGGCACGGCAUCUAAGGUUGGAAGCGACCUGGACACAGGUGCUGCUGGAGCAACGUGUGCUUUCCUCCAUCCGCGGGUGGCACUGCUGCUGGUCCUCGUGUCCGAGGUCUUUGGGCAGCACUGA